GACCAGGCCGAGAAGAAUAAGAGGACGGUGGUGGUUGGCCUCAGCUCCGAUAACUCCAGCAGAGAGCUUCUGUUGAGGCUGCUCACCUCGGUGGUGGUUCCUGGCGAUAAUGUGCUCGCGGUUCAUGUGACGGAGACGGAUGAUUCUUUCGAUCCCAAUUAUUUCCAUAUCCAUGAAGAUCUCUGCAAGUCCAAGCAGGUAGACUUCCAAGUUAAGGCCUGUGGAGGAGGUUCAUAUGUCAGUCAACUGGCCCACCAAGUUCGAAUCAACUUUGCAACCAUUCUGGCGGUUGGGUGCAGCUCCCCAUGGGGAGGAAGAAUUUUGGUGCAGAGGCAGGGAACUUCGCAGGAAGGGUCUGUGACUCCAGUGAGAGUUCUUCGCUCUUCUCUCUCCUCAAUUUCGCAGUACAACAACCGCUCUGACCAGUCAGACCCACCGAGGCCUCAGAUCCAAAAGUCCCUCACAAUGCCGUCUUCUUCCAGCUCCUCUUCAUCCCAACUAGAACCCCAAAGCACCAGAAAACAGGGCCUCGUAGUCCCAAACUUGAUGAGCCAGAAGCUGUUUCAAAGACCCGCAAUGCUGGAAAUUAAGGGUUCAGGGAGAAGAUUCACCUCGGAGGAGCUAAGUUCUGCAACUAAUGGAUUCAGCCAGGAUAUGGUCAUUGGAGAGGGAGGGAACAGCCGGGUCUACCUGGCGGAGCUGGAGGACGGGCGGGCCGCCGCGGUGAAGGUCUUGAGGGACACGGAGUCUUCUGUGGAUGAUCUGUUCAGGGAGGUGGAGACUCUGAGUGGGUUGAAGCAUAAGAAUGUGGUUCAACUUUUUGGAUACUGUUAUGGCAAGGGAAUGAAUGCAAUCGUGUAUAAUUUACUGAACGGGAGCUUGAAGCAGAGGCUGGGAAGGAUGAAGUGGAGGGAGAGGAUGAGAGUGGCAAUUGGAGUGGCCAAGGCACUGGAGUAUCUCCAUUCUCGCUCUCCUCCAGUGAUUCACCGAGAUGUGAAGUCAUCCAACAUUUUGCUAUCUGAUAAUUGCCACCCACAAAUCUUAGAGAAUCGAGGGUCAAGCUAA